GUUUGGUAAUUGAAUGACAAGAAUCGACGUAACUGUGUCAAUUUUAAUUAUUUUUAUUUUUAUUUUAAUUAUAAAUUAUUGUAUGUAUUAAUUAAAACUAAUUAUUGAAAUGAAUACAUACUCGUUCUUAUUAAUCAAAUAAGUAAUACCUGGUGCUCACUUGAGUUUCCUAUCAAAGUUUUUAUACAGCCCUAAUCAAACAUGAAUACAAGUGGUCAAAGUGUGUAUUAUGAAGAUAUUCCACCUGAAAAACUUAACGAAGAAGAUUUCUUUUGCACAGAAAAGAUAGUUCCUAGGAAAAUUAAACCCCAGAACCUAGUGAUAAGACUUAUGGACCGGGAAAUUUAUGGUUCACGAAAGGCUGGCUCACAUCUGCAUGUUGUUCGAGAAUUCUAUCAGAAUGUCUUCCCUAAUUUGACGAUAGUGAACGUGGAGAAGCCACCAUGUUUUCUGAGGAAGUUUAGUCCAGAUGGGAAACAUUUCAUAGCAUUUUCUGCUGACCAGACGUCAUUAGAGAUUUAUGAGUACAGAGGAGCAGCUGCAGCGGGUGACCUGGUGGCUGGUUAUCCUUCCGACCUACUGAAUGCUGAUGCUGAUGCUCAUCAUAGAAUACGUACACAUAUAUUUUACAGGUUUUUUAAACCAAAAUUUACAGUAAAUGUUUGCCAACAAAGACUUGUUUCUAGAUCGGAACGCAGUUCCGGCCAACUGCCAUUUAUGGAGCAGCAACUGAACAGGGAGUGUAGCCUUUUCACUGAGGAUGGUCGCUAUGUCAUUGUUGGCUCAGCAGCUCACAUUCCUGAUGAUUUUAGACCUCAUUUCUAUCAUAUACAUAGCAACAAUGAAGCAGUGACACCAACUAUUAGGUCUGCUCUUGAAGAUUAUUCUCUCCAUUUAGUAGACCUGCAUCAUGGCAAAUUGUGUGAUACUAAACAUUUUAGGACUGAUAAAAUCUACCUUUCUCAUAAUCAGGGCAUUUAUCUAUACAAAGAAGUGCUUGCUGUGCUGUCUGUUCAGCAUCAAACGAUACAUUUGUUUCAAAUCGUUGAGGGGAUGUUGAUAGAAAUAAGGAAAAUCGGUAGAUUUUGCUACGACGACGAUCCGUUUAUUGUCAGUUCAGUUUUCGCCCCAGUCAUGAAUGAGCGACCGUACUGCGAGGAGACUAUAAAUAGCUUAAAACACAGGCUACUCGUGUUCCUUUUUAAAAGGGCAAAAUCAAUAAGCGACGAAUCAAACGAUCCUUUGGAGUUAAGAAAGUUUUAUAAAUAUUUUGAUAUGUUCAAAAGUUUGAGAAUGUGGAAAAUGCAGUUGUUGGACGAAGAUCAUUUAUUCAUAAAGUAUGCGAGCGAAGAAGUAGUGACACUGAGGGUGGCGGAGCCUAAUAGCCAGUCCUCAUUCUUCGUUAUAUACAACAUCAGUGAAAGCAAAAUAUUAGAAGUCUAUGAAAAUACAUCAGAAGGGCUGUUGCAACUGUUUGAGAAUUAUUGCGACUGCUUUAGGAACGCCAGACUGUGUGCAGACUCACAAUUCACUUGUUCCCCUUCAAACAAUUUGUACGCGAGGCUGACGCAGCAGAGGUUCAAGCAGACAAUAGUGCGAGCUAUAUAUGGCGGGCGUACGGAGGCUACAAAGAGGAUUCUGGCACAGUUACCAAUUAGCGCACAGUCGUACAGUGGAUCGCCGUACUUAGAUUUGGGUCUCUUCAGUUAUGACGACAAAUGGGUCUCCGUCAUGGAGAGACCUAAAGCAUAUGGGGAAUAUCCAAUACGGUUUUAUGCUCGAGAUUCUGGAUUACUGAAGUUCAAAAUUUACGCCGGAGUGUUGGGCCAAUCUGUGCCAGCGAGCGCGCGCCGCCUCGUCGCCUUCACGUUCCAUCCGACGGACCCCUUCGCCAUCAGCGUGCAGAGAACCAACUCUGAAUAUAUCGUCAACUUCCACAUAAGAAAUGCAGUGUUCAGUUGACAUUCCUAAUAUAUUUUUAUUAUGUUUAUAUUGUAUAAUAUUGUACAUAUAAAAUUGAAUCUUAAAUGUUGUACCUGCAAGAAAUAUAUUAUUUUUUACAUAUA